AUGGCAGGUUAUCUGCAGUUUGACAAUGCCCCGAACUCCCCUCCCGCCAUGCCUCUGCUUGCCACCCUUUCCGCAAGAGUGUUCCCAGAUUCCGCACCAGUGCGCAAGAACCUCCGCGCUCCUCCACAUGCUCCCCCAAAUGCAUCAUCGCCCACAAGAGCAACUCCUUUUCUUUUUCCCUCUCCCCUCCCACGCCCCUCUAGAAUCUGGUAUACCUCGAUCCUUUCAGCUAUGGCGGAGGCAGCGGCUCCCAAGUCAUACAGCCUAGAUGCUGUCAAGAAGCCCCUGAAGAGGGCGCGUGUGAAUCGUCCCUCGAAGCUGCGUGCGAGCAUCACCCCAGGCACAGUGCUGAUCAUCCUCGCUGGUCGCGACAAGGGCAGGCGCGUCGUCUUCCUGAAGCAGCUCGAGUCUGGUCUCCUCCUCGUCACCGGUCCCUUCAAGGUGAACAGGAUUCCCCUGAGGAGAGUCAACCAGCGCUACGUCAUCGCCACGUCGACCAAGGUGGACGUGAGCGGCGUUGACGUGGCCAAGUUCGACGACAGCUACUUCGCGGGCGAGCAGAAGAAGAAGGAGAAGAAGAGCGAGGGCGAGUUCUUCGAGACCGAGAAGAAGGAGAAGAAGGUGGUGUCGCAGGCGAGGAAGGAUGACCAGGCGGCGGUGGACGAGAAGAUCCUGGCGGCCGUAGGCAGCGAGCCGCUGCUCAAGGAGUACCUCUCUGCUCGCUUCUCACUCACGUCGGGAGACAAGCCCCACCGCAUGCAGUUCUAG